CCAUGUUCGCGGAGCUCAACGAGCUGCUCGGGGCCUCCCCGGAGCGGCCGGACGCGGGUAAAUUCACGCUGCUGCGAGACACCCGCACAGAUGGCAGCUUCCUGGUGCACCACUUCCUCUCCUUCUACCUCAGAGCUGGCUGCAAGGUUUGCUUUGUGGCCCUGCUCCAGUCCUUCAGCCACUACAGCAUCGUGGCACAGAAGCUGGGAGUCAAUCUGGCAGCUGCCAAGGAGCAGGGACAGCUUGUCUUCCUGGAGGGCCUCAAGUCCUGCCUUGAUCUCCUGUUUGGGGAGGAGGAGCAGCCUGGACAGCCCAGUCCUCUGCAAUUCCUGAGCGGGAGCAGCCGUGACCUGCGGGCCCUGUUUGACUUUGUGCAGGUGUCCCUGACUCCCUGUGCCCGUGAUUCCUGGAAGGGCCCCGUGCUGCUGGUGGAUGACCUCAGUGUCCUGCUCAGCCUGGGAGCUGCACCUGUGGCUGUGCUGGACUUCAUCCACUACUGCCGUGUGUCCGUGUGCUGCCAGCUGCAGGGGAACGUCGUGGUGCUGGUUCACAGCAGCGAGGAUUCGGAAGAUGAGGAGAAUGAGCUGGUUGUGAACUCCCUGUGUCAUCACAGCGACCUCAUCCUGUGGGCAGAGGGGCUGGCCACCGGCUUCUGCAAGGAUGUUCAUGGGCAGAUAAAGAUAAUCAAGAGAUUGUCCUUGCGGCAGGCGGCGGAGCAGGACCUGGUCCAGAUCUACCAGUACAAGAUCCAGGACAGGAACGUCACCUUUUUUGCACGGGGGCUGUCGGCUGCAGUCCUGUGACACUGUGACACUGCCUCUGCAAAAGCACCAGGAGCAGCACAGCAGACUGACCCGGGAGGGAAGCUCAGACACUCCUGGAAACGGUGCCAACGUGGGAUCAGCCUGCCUGGAGCCUGCUGCAUCCCUUUGUCCUCCCACCCCGUUCCCAACACACUCAGGCCAAGAAAGGGAGCAAGAACCUGCAAGAAUGGCCCUUAGAGCAUGUGAAUACAGGCAGGGGGUGGCCCGCGGGCUGGGCGUGCCUUGCCUCACCUUUUCCGGUGUGUUGGGCACAGCAUGGCAGUGCCAGGCACGGCACGCAGGGAGCACCCCC